AUGGAUUCGGCCACUCAAGUUGAAACGCAGUCAGAGUUUCGUCUGCACCAGCUCCAGCUGCAGAACUUCAAAAGGUUCGAGGAUAUCACGCUCACCCUGACACCCAGCCCCAAGAUUAUCGUUGGCGCGAACGGCUCGGGCAAGACGCAAAUCCUCUGGGCAAUUCUCAUCUUCUUGCGCGGCCACAACGCCCGUGUGCCCAGCUCCAAGCACUUUGACAGCACAGAGUUCAACUUUUCAGGUGAAUUGCAAGACCUCUUUGGCGACCGACUCUUCGUCAAUCAGUACAAGGCGCCACACACGCUCGUCCAUGUCGACGCGCGAGACAAGAAAUUCACGCUCACGGGCACGUUCCAUGACACCAAGUACCAUCACAAAGCCAACAAGAACGUGGUGCUGCAGUACUCGCUCAGAGACGGUCUUCUCCACGACAAGCCCGAAAACCACGAGUCGCUCGCCCCAAUCCGCUUCGCCUUCAUGCCUCCAACCUACCAGUGGGGAGACCUGUCGGAAGAGCGGCUUAGAAUCAAGAUGUUCUUGACUGCCGGUGUGCAGCAUCUGCGCCCCCGGCUGUUUCAGGCAAAAGACUUUGUGAACGAUGGACUCCAUCAUCUCGGUUUCCAGGCCACGGUCGCUGCACCAAACAAAGAUGGACCUGCAAUUGCUACCGUAACCGAGCGUGGCGCCACCCUUGACAUUGGUGCCUGCGCCGGCUCGCUGCAGAAGAUCAUUGCCAUUCUGACGCUUCUCUACCAUCUGACCACUGACGCAACCAUCAACGCUGCCCAAGUCGAGGCCCUCGAAAAGAAGAUUGCGCACGACUCGAACACCUUCAAGCAGCGCAUCUUCCUCAUCGACGAGCUCGAAUCACUGCUUUACGAAAAUGUGACAGCCAAGCUGUAUGACUUUCUCGUCAGCACGUGCGCCGAGCACGACAUCCAGCUCAUUGUUGCGACCAACUCGCGCGCCAUCAUCGAUCCGCGCCUGAAGACGGAUCAACAGAUUAUGUUCCUCACUCCGGAUGGCAAGGCCGUCGAGCUGACAGACGACCUGCCCAAGGACGAGCAAGGUCGCGCUUCCCUGUAUCCAAUCCUCGACGCCCUCAGCCAGGUCAAGAGCAGCAAGCCACUGCUCGUGUUGGAAGGCACGAACGACCAGGCGUUCUACAGCAAGUACACGACCCUCGGCCAGCACUUCCACUUUCUGACCACGUCAGGUGCCGUCAACAAGCAGAAUCUUUCCAACAUUCUGACGCAGGCCAAGCUCAAGCACGUCUUUCUCAGAGACAGUGACAUGUACGCCGCUUCGCCCGAUCUCCCAACCGCCCAGGCUCGGAUCACACAAGUUGUUGGCGCGCCCGUCAUCUACACGCUGCUGCCGUGUAUUGAGUCGUACUUGAUUCUGCACCGACUGCUCAGGAGCACGGACGUAGACGCACGGCGUGCCGAAGUUGUUCAGGCCCUCCAGCAGCGCAAGUGGUACUUUGUCUCGACCUUCAGAGAUUUCUGCAAGGAGUCGAAGCAGAAACCGCCGCCCACAGCAGCGCACCAUUGCGAGCCUGAAGGGUCCAUGCAACGGUCUGCUGACAGGCUUGCGACCAUGACGAACGAUGACCUUAGCACGUUUUCGAAAGGCGAUCUCAAACGCAUUUGUGACAUUUGCAAGCAACCAAUCGUCAACGAGAAAGGCAACCGCAAAGACCGAGCAUCUGCGGCCGCUGAUCCAGCUGCUGAUGAUCCAGAUGCCUUCACGGUCACGACCGAGGCGAGCACGAGCACCAGCAACCCAGCUACAGAGGCCGCAGCAGCCCCUGAUUCGGCCCUCUCGAGUGACCCAGGCUCGGACGAGCCACCGCAGGAUCCUGCGAGUGAUUUCGAUUCAAGUGAGAACGACGAGACCAUGGCCAUGGUUGAUCGCGUGCUCGCGGACUCGGAAAACGACCCGGACGUGCUGUGGAACUCUUUGAUUGCCCAGCUGACAGCCAAAGCAACCUCCUCGUUUGACCGCAACAAUCGGGUCUCUUUUUGGACCACGUAUGUCAGCAUCGUCCGCGGCCACGACUUGAUGCCGAAUGCGGCGGCCGUGAUGCGCGGUCUCGAGCGCCAACAUCUCCAUCCCGCAGUCAAAGCCCUGCUUGCCGACACCGAGCAAGCUGUUCUCGCGUGCUUGUGUUGA